GGAGAGUUCCAAAAGUGUUUUCGCCAAAGAACAACCAUGGAAAGAAACAACACAUCGACAGAAGCAUCAAAUAAUAUAUUUAGUCAAGAUUCUGCGUUUUUAAAACAAUACCAAGCUGGACUUCAAAAACAAAAUGUGAAACCUGCGGCAUCACAGCACAUAAGUCUACUGACGGGCAAAGUCGGUACCACGUUUACCAGUGGCGCUGGAAAUCAAACAGUUAUGCCAGUGAUGGCAGGGCAGCCACAAAUGGGAGGUGUAACAAAGGUAAGACCACCAGUUGUACAAGGGCCUAAUCCAGCUCUUGUCACCGGCUCACCAGGAUCAAUAGCACACGCUAUGCUGGCACGCAAUCCUCUCCGGUUUCCAGGUACAACCCACCCUGUGCCUGGAAGAAUCAUUACCAGACCAAUCAUGGCCCCAAACCCUUAUGUCAGGAAAUGGAGACGGCUCAAAAAGGUCAUCAAGGAUCUCAUGUUUGUGAAUGCUGCGAUCUGUGAUGAGGUGGUGAGAGUGGAGGAAAAAGUGGCGAAAGCUAAAGAAGAGAGACGGUUCCUGUUACGUAAGGUUUUGCAUUACCAAUCCUACACCGAGGGUGUACCUACACCUGAUAAAUCCUCCCCAGGUGGCGCACCUGUCAAACUGAGUGGCUUGUCCUCGGGAGAAAGUAGUGAUCCACAGACCAUGAAAGUCAAAUCUAAACCAAAGAAAAAAGUGCCCUCCACAGACCGGAAGAAAGCUGCUACAACUAAAGAACUUUUAGAUGGUGUCCAGGUGAAACCAAAGAAGAGUAAAAGUCAAAUCAUCAAGAAAGUCAUUCCUCCUCUGCAGUUAGACUCAACUGGACGUCCCGUCUUCCCUCUGAUCCUCGGGGAACUGACCAUUCACAGUAUUGGAGAGAUUGUGACGGAUCGCCCAGGAUUCCAUACUCCUAAGUGCAUCUACCCUGAAGGCUACUGUAGCACUAGAGUGUUUGCCAGUACCAGUGGAGACGACCAGAAGUGUCUGUACACCUGUAAGAUAUCCGACGGGGGGAAAGGACCCAUUUUUGAGAUAGCACCUGAGGACAACACGGACCGCGUACUGAGAAGUGAUUCUCCGUCAGACUGUCACAACCUCCUUAUCACUGCAGUUAAUAAAAGCAGAGGCAACAAUAUGCUGGACUUGGUUGGUAAGGGAGCAGACUUCUUCGGUUUAUCACAUCCGGUCGUUCAGAACUUAAUACAGAGCUGUCCCGGAUCUAAACGAUGUCCAGGAUACAAAUGGGUCAAAUUUGAAAUCAACAAAAUGGAAACUGUAGAAAACCUACUCACCGAGUCCUCCAACGACCCUUCAAUCAGCUACGAGGCUUUCAAACUAUUAACUAAAGGGGCUCUGUUACCGGGAAAGGCGACGUCUCUUCUAGAAACUUCAACGAGUCUGCGGUCAUUACUGACCAGUAAACCAAAUCUAACUGGAAAUAAAGCAGCCAGCAGUAGUGUGGGAUGAACGUAUACUGACCAGUAAACCAAACUUGACCAUUCGUAUAGCUGAUAGCAGUGGUGUGAGAUGUUUCUGAUUCCGCUUCUAUAUAGCUACCAAGCUAUGGUCAGCAUACCAACAUCUAAUGGGAAUAAAGCUGCCAGCACAGGUGUGAAAUAAUUCUGAUACUGCAUCCACCAAGCUGUGGUCAGCAUUGUGACCAGUAACCAAGCAUAAAGCUGCCAGCAUGUGAGUGGAAUGAUUGGGGACACUGUAUUUACCAAGCUAUGGUCAGCAUACUGACCAGUAACCAAGCAUAAAGCUGCCAGCAUGUGUGUGGAAUGAUUGGGACACUGUAUUUACCAAGCUUCGCUCAGCAUACUGACCAGUAACCAAGCAUAAAGCUACCAGCAUGUGUGUGGAAUGAUUGGGACACUAUCUACCAAGCGAAUGGAAAUUACUGCCCACUUUAAGUAGUGCAGGAUCUUAUACUCUACCGACUUUGACCAGUUAAUUUACUGAGUGGUAUAUAUAUUUCGUAAUGCAAAGCUUAAGGACAGCAUAUUAAUUAUUCCAUCUGUGUAUAUGAUGAGUUUCGAUGAUAUCACAAAAUACUUUAAAUUUUACAAUUUCAUGGCACCAAUAUGUACAAUUUUAUGUUUUUCAUACAUUUUCAAACUAUUGGUAUAUCGAACAAUAAUGUGACCAAUCAGAGUACAGCAUUUAUGGUGUAGGUAGCAUUAGCACAAAAUUCCGACUUAAUAGCCAUUGGUUGUAUGUUUUUGUCAAUUCAUUAACAUAAUAUAUUUAUUAGAAAUAUAAUAAAACAACAUCCCACAGGGAUCUUGGCAUCCAU